UUGAAAAGAGCCGAGUUGGGUGGUCUUCAACGAGAGAGAGGGAGAGAGAUAUUGAGGAAUAAUGGUGCUGCAAUGUUGGAGUUGCGCUUCUUAUCCAAAAUCGACUGCUCUGUUCUCUCAAAAACGUUUGGUAGCUCUUUCUGACUCCAAAGCCCAUCACCAAGCUUACACUUACAACACCAACUAUAAGUGUAGUCUUCCUCUUCUUGGACUGCCCAACAAGUCAUACAAGACAAGCACUACUAGUAAAUUCACCUGCCUCUUCAAACUGGGUCUUGAAGAUAUUGCUGGAAUCGCUCAUAACAAGGUGUUGAUUGCAGCUGGUGUGUCAGCAGCAGUUGGUCAGUUCUCCAAGCCAUUCACUUCUUUACUUCUAUAUGGCAAAGAUUUUGAUGUCAAAGCGGCAUUUCAGGCUGGUGGAUUCCCUUCCACCCAUUCUUCUGCUGUUGUGGCUACUGCUACGUGUCUAGCCCUUGAGAGGGGCUUCUCGGAUUCAAUUUUUGGCCUCUCAGUGGUUUAUGCUGGCCUUAUCAUGUAUGAUUCUCAGAAUAGCUCUAGACAUCUGACAACACAGCUGAAAUCAGGAAACUAUGACUCAUCAAUUUCUCUCUAAUUCUUCUCCUUCAUUGUGCAAGGAUAGCCAUCUAUCCACCUAUCUGCCUUCUGUAAACGUUGCUAAGCCCAAAAUGCUAAGUACCUAUUGAAGCUUCCCUAUCAUCCUGAGCUACUUGACACGUUCUAAGUUUCUGGUAUUUUGUCUAGUAGUUUUCUUCAAGGUUUAUGUGAGAGGAGAAUACAUUGAUGUAUGGAUAGUGAUAGGUUAAAACAAGGAAACCUAAAAUCUUUCUUGCAUUUUAGUUUUAUCCUUAGAUUGUGAGAAAUUAAUAUUUUUCCAUGAGCAUAAGCAAUAUGUGUUGAUUUUGGUAUAUUUGGUGUACACUUGUUUUCUGGAACUUGCACUUGUAUUCUUGUUGAUUUCUUGGUUUUCUGGUUCCAUUUGGGUUCUUAUUCAGAACAUAUGACUGACUACCUAUGUGAACCGGCUGUUGCCUUUGAAAUAAUCUUAUCUCAUUUCUUGGAAAAAGAAAGAAGAUUUAAAGCUUUCUUCAAAUUUCAAAUAUCCAAUAUCACCAUUCUUGUUUUCAUUCUUAAUUCCCUAAUAUUCUGCAUAAAAAUCCUCAUCUUCAUGAGAAACUGAACUGAUGAAAAUAAUGGUGCCAUAGACCUACUUCUUCCUGCCAAUGACACUAGAGCUAUCAUUUAUUUAUUUAUUUUGAUAAUUGAAUUCUAUUAUUUUUGCUUUGUAUGGGGCUUCUAAGUUCCUUCUUCACCACUAGCCUAUUCUCUCCUCUGCAUGUCUUACGCUUGAUUGCAACCAAAAUUGUUCUUCUUCAAACCCUUCAAAGGAGAAGUCCAGAACGUUACAAACUUGUAUGAGGAACUUCCAUUUGAAAGGAAGUAGAUCUCCACAGGUGGGCUUUCAAAGACUCCUCUGUCAGAAAUCAAGCCCAGACUGAGUAUCAAAUUUUGAUUGAUGUUACAAGUUGAAUAAAUUUAGCAUAAUGCUAAUCUUCACUGUAAGCCACCAAUGUGCAUCAUAUAAUCUUAAAUAACUUGUCUUAUUACCUUAAAGACCCACCAAUAUGCA